GAAGCGUAGAAGUUUCAGUGUUCAUUUGCCAACCGUUGGCAUCGGUUCUGGUUCUCGGUGGCGCUCUAACUUGUACUACACGCUAAACAUACAUAUCUGUAUAUAAUAAUAUAAAACUUUAUUCUAAAUAUUUGCGGCUAACUACUCUAUAUUACACCGCUACGAUCCACAAUAUACUGAAGCUAUCAGGUUUAAAGUUGUAUAACUUUUCGAAACUUGCAUUCCAUUUCCAGCGGAAAAAACGUUACGUUUUGGUGUCUCUAAUAAAAAGCGAUAUAUGUAACAACAAGAACGUGAUACCCACCAUAAACCGUGUACAUAUCACAGAAACACGUGGGUUCUCGACGAGCGAGACUACACAACGCACGAUCACAUUUUGCCAGGCAGCGCCGCAAGCAUACACGCAAUCUACCACAUACAAGUACAAUACAAUACAUACAUACAUAGACAGACGAGAGUGCGGUUACCAAAUAUUUAUGAACAUACAAAUGUUGCGCGACGUGCUUAGUGCGUACCAGUAGUACCAGAGUUUUACUCAGCGCGUAGUGACAUUAUUGAUUUAUUGAAAAAGUCAAGCGGAAAGGCGCAAAUUUCACGACAUUUCACUUUCGCAUUGUGUCUCGCUUUGGACGCUUUGUGAAAAUCAAUUUCAAUUAACGUGCGCGUAGCGGAAGCGUCAAAUAUUUUGGCUCGCUAGUGUUAAAUCAACGUCAUUUAGCGGAGAGUUAAAGUUUUUCUAUAGCAACGCGCAGGAAGAUGUCUUCGAAAGCAGCGCUCGUUGGCGGCAAGCAGUUGCUGGUGGUGGGCAGCGGUGGGCGCGAGCACGCGAUUUGCUGGAAGCUGUCGCAGAGCGAGCAGGUGGUUAAAAUCUACGCAUUGCCCGGCAGCCAUGGCAUUGCUCAAGUGCCCAAGUGCUCCAAUCUAAGUGAUGUGAACGCAAACGAUUUCCAGGGCAUCGCCAGCUGGUGCAAGAAACAAUCAAUAGAUUUGGUCAUUGUGGGUCCUGAAGAUCCGUUAGCCAAUGGGUUGGGCGAUGCUCUCAACAAGGCUGGUGUACGUUGUUUUGGUCCCAAUAAGAAGGGCGCCCAAAUUGAGUCGGACAAAAAGUGGGCCAAGGACUUUAUGCUAAGGCAUAGUAUACCGACUGCGCGAUAUGCAUCAUUUACCGAUGUGAAUCAGGCCAAGGAGUUUAUAAAUAGCGCACCUUACAAAGCGCUCGUCGUGAAAGCUGCCGGUUUGGCCGCCGGCAAAGGUGUCGUGGUUGCAGCAGAUACUAUCGAGGCUUGUCAAGCUGUCGAUGAGAUACUUGGACAACGCAAAUAUGGUAAUGCGGGCGAAACCGUUGUCAUAGAAGAAUUACUCGUCGGCGAGGAAGUAUCCGUGCUCGCAUUUGUCGAUACACAACAUGCUCAGGCUAUGUUGCCCGCGCAGGAUCACAAGCGGUUGCGCGAAGGUGAUGAAGGACCGAAUACCGGUGGCAUGGGCGCAUAUUGCCCAUGUCCGUUAAUACCACCCGCCGAUUUGGAACGCAUUAAUAGAGCUAUACUGCAGAAAGCCGUAGACGCUUUACGCCAAGAAGGUAUACACUAUUGUGGUGUACUCUAUGCGGGUCUAAUGUUGACCGUUGAUGGUCCUAAGGUGUUGGAGUUCAAUUGUCGCUUUGGUGAUCCGGAGACGCAAGUCAUAUUGCCAUUACUCGAGACUGAUUUGUAUGCCGUAAUGAGCGCUUGCUGUGAGAAUCGUCUCAAGGAAAUACAACUACAGUGGCGUGAGGAUGUCAGUGCCGUUGGUGUGGUCAUGGCCAGUGCUGGCUAUCCAGAGACCUCGACAAAGGGCUGCAUAAUCGAGGGUAUGCCACCAAAUACGGCUGAUGAGUUGAUCUUUCAUAGCGGCGUAGCGGUCAACAAGGCUGGCCAGUAUCUAACCAAUGGUGGCCGUGUGCUGAUCGCCGUAGCGCUGCGUGAAGAUUUGCGCCAAGCAGCGGCUGAUGCAACCAAAAUAUGUCAGGGAAUCACAUUUUCGGGUGCUGGCGCACAAUUUCGAACUGACAUUGCGGAGAAAGCAUUCAAAAUGCUAAAGACGUUCGUUCCGACAUUCAAAGCGCUCUCCUACAAGGAUAGCGGUGUUGACAUAGAUGCGGGCGAUGAUCUGGUGCAACGCAUAAAACCGUUGUCUCGAGGUACACAAAGACCCGGUGUUGUAGGCGGUUUGGGUGGAUUCGGUGGCUUAUUCCGCUUGAAUGAGCUAAAUUACGAAAAUCCUGUGAUCUGUGAAGCCAUCAAUGGUGUGGGCACCAAGAUAAAACUCGCACUCGAACAUGAGAUGUACGAAAGUAUCGGUUACGAUCUGCUCGCUACGUGCGUCAAUGAUGUGCUCGAGUCUGGUGCUGAACCAGUUGCCUUCUUGGACUACAUAGCUUGUGGCAAGCUACAAGUGCCGAUUGCUGCACAAAUUGUAAAAGGUAUUUCCGACGGCUGUCGUGAAGCUGGUUGUGCGCUCUUGGGUGGUGAAACCGCUGAAAUGCCCACGGUCUACGACGUCGGUAAAUAUGACAUCGCCGGCUAUAGCGUGGGCAUACUUGAGGCAGGCAAAGAGUUGCCGAAAUUCCAGCAAUACGAGGAGGGAGACUUACUAAUAUCGUUACCAGCGAGCGGGCUGCAUUGUGCGGGCUUCCACGCGUUGUUAAAACAACUUGAGAUGGCUGAUAUUGACUUGACCGUUAAGUGCGAAUUUGGUGAUGAGACUAAAACGUUAGGUCAACAGCUGUGCGAACCCUCCCGAAUCUAUGUGAAAGAAGUGCUCGCGCUCUUACGCGAAUGCGAUGUCAAGGCUAUUUCGCAUAUAACCACCGGUUUGCUGCCAGAUGUGCAACGCAUUAUACCGCCAGACCAUGAGAUAUCGCUCGACUUUGGUGAUCUCAAAAUUCCAGCAAUUUAUGGCUGGUUAGUGGGCAGGUUACGUUUGGCUCCACAAACACUUCUGGACAAUCUGAACUGUGGUAUUGGGCUUGUUAUGAUUGUGCCAAAGCGGUGCACGGUUUGGAAGCAAUUGCUUGGCUCCGGCGCUAAGGUGUUCGGGGUGUUGAAACGUAAAAUGCACUCAUGCCACCAACAACAUCAAAUUGAGGUGCGUAACUUUGUAGAGGGUUUGGAAAAAUCCAUCGAACGUUUUGGCGGUUUAUCCGAGAGGAAUAUGCGUACCUUGGAUGAACCGCAUGAACGUGACUUGGCUUUGGAGCUAUGCGAUGGCGCUUUGACGCAGCAGCGCAAUGAAACUUUAACCACAAAACUGGGCCGACGUUUGAUGGGCGUACCAAAGAAAUACAAGGACCCGGUAUUGGUACUGGGCACUGAUGGUGUGGGCACUAAAAUUAAGAUCGCACAACAAACCGAACGCAAUGGUACGGUUGGCAUUGACUUGGUGGCGAUGUGCGUGAAUGACAUACUGUGCAACGGUGCUGAACCGCUGACCUUCUCGAGCUAUUAUGCGUGCGGUGAUUUGGUGGAAGAAACGGCAACUACGAUAACUGGUGGGGUGAUUGAAGGCGCGGCGCAAGCAGGCAGCAGUUUAGUUGAAACACACAUUGCUGAGGUGCCACUGCUUUAUGCAUCCGAUGUGUACGAUCUUGCCGGUUUUUCACUUGGCAUUGCUGAAUACAGUCGUUUGCUGCCACGCACUGAUGAAAUACGUGUGGGCGAUGUGCUGAUCGGCCUGCCGUCCUCCGGUGUGCAUAGCAACGGCUUCAGUCUUGUGCAUGUCAUAAUGAAACAAGCUGGCGUUACGUUCGAAGACAAAGCUCCUUUCAGUCAUAACACGUUCGGUGAGGAAUUCCUUACGCCCACACGCAUUUACGUCAAGGCACUGCUACCACUCGUGCAACAGRGUCAUAUCAAAGCCUUGGCCCAUAUUACCGGCGGUGGUCUAACCGAGAAUAUACCACGUGUACUUCCCAAAACAUUAGCUGUGCAAUUGGAUGCGAAACAAUGGAAUAUACCACCCGUCUUUGGUUGGCUUGCCGCGACCGGUAAUGUAGCACCAAAAGAAAUGCAACGCACCUACAACUGUGGACUCGGCGUAAUUUUAGUAGUUUCACCGAAAUAUGAACAGUCCGUUUUAGCUGAAUUACAGUAUCGUGAGCGCGCAACGCGCGUCGGCGUGGUGGUGAAGCGCACCAAUUCUGAAGCGCCACAGGUUGUAGUCGAAAAUUUCCAAGGCUGCUUGCAGCGCGCACAGAAAUUGCUAAAUAAACCACGUAAGCGGGUUGCGGUGUUGAUCUCCGGUACAGGCAGUAAUCUGCAAGCGCUCAUCGACGCUUGUCGCGACACUUCACAAGGUGUGCUUGCCGAUAUCGUCUUGGUAAUAUCGAAUAAAGCUGGUGUGUUAGGUCUUGAGCGCGCGGAAAAAGCUGGCAUAGCCUCAGUGGUGAUCUCACAUACAGAAUACGCAAAACGCGAGGACUUUGACGCGGAGAUGACUAAAAAGUUGUUGGAGCACAAUGUGGAUUUGGUGUGUUUGGCUGGAUUUAUGCGUGUAUUGAGUGAGCAGUUUGUACGUCAGUGGAAGGGCCGUUUGGUGAAUAUACAUCCAUCAUUGUUGCCUAAACAUCCCGGCUUGAAAGUACAACAGAAGGCGCUUGAUGCUGGGGAUAAGGAGUCUGGCUGUACAGUGCACUUUGUGGAUGAGGGUGUGGAUACCGGUGGCAUUAUUGUACAAGCUAGCGUGCCCAUACUGCCCAAUGAUACUGAAGAAAGUUUAACAAAUCGCAUACAUGUGGCCGAACACUUUGCUUUCCCAAAAGCGUUACGACUGUUGGCCACUGAAUCAGUCAAACUGAGUGCAGAUGGCAAAGUGAUUUUUUCCUGAUUUUAAUUUUUACUUUACAGUAACAAUUUUUUGGAGGUAAUAGGGAUAGCUCUUAUAGCCCAAUUCUACUUCAAAAACAAGUUUUGCCAACGUCUACCUGCGCCAUGCUCUUAAAACAAUGGAAUUCAUGAAAUCUUUAUACAUAUACAUACAUAUGUAUACCAACACAGUGAAAAAUAAUGAUAGCAUUUAUAGUAAAAAAAAAUUUAGU